CGACCGUGAUGUCAAGUGCUCUGAUGUGACACGCGGCACCGGCGAGAUGUGGGGUUCCGAGCGCACCGGCGAGGCGGCCAGCAUCCCAUCUGUGGAUGUCAGGACGGAGGGAUCCAGCCCUGAGCUCCACUUACAUAAGGUGUGAAUUCAGCUGAGGCUUGAGCUGUCAGGAAAGUCCCAGGAGUGUAAAUCUGAUCUGGAAGCCCAGGAGCUCCUGCAACUCUGUGAACGCUGAUCCAUACUGCAGCUACCUCAAGGUUUCCUUGCAGGAUGGCAGCCUCCUGGCUCUCCAUCUUUCUAAUGCUGGCCCUUUCCUCUAUCUACUGCACUGUUUCCCAUCCCAGCCCGGAUAUGUGGUUUCAGGGUCUCUUUCCACCUCGUGUGUGCCUUGCAAAUGCCCGUACCAACACCUUUUAUGGCAUCAUGUUUGAUGCAGGAAGCACUGGGACCCGAAUUCACAUUUACACUUUUGUGCAGAAAAACCCAGAGCAGCCUCCGGAGCUGGAAGGGGAAAUCUUUGAGUCAGUGAAGCCAGGUCUUUCUGCUUAUGUUGAUCAGCCUGAAAAGGGUGCAGAAACUGUGAAAGGAUUGUUGAAAAUGGCCAAAGAAGCUGUGCCAUGUAGUCAUUGGAAGGAGACCCCAGUGGUGCUGAAAGCUACAGCUGGACUGAGGCUGCUGCCAGAGCCCAAAGCCCAGGCUCUGCUCUCAGAGGUGAGAGAGGUCUUUGAGAAGUCACCCUUUCUGGUUCCAAAUAACAGUGUUAGCAUCAUGGAUGGAUCUUCUGAAGGAGUUUUAGCCUGGAUCACUGUGAACUUUCUGACAGGGCAGUUGUACAGCCAGAACCAGAUGACAGUUGGGACACUGGACCUGGGAGGAGCCUCAACCCAGAUCACAUUUCUGCCACGGUCUGAGGAAACCUUGGAGCAAACCCCCGUGGAUUUUGUCACCUCAUUUGAAAUGUUCAAUAGCACUUAUACGCUCUACACGCACAGCUAUUUGGGCUUUGGACUGAAAGCUGCCAGACUAGCAACACUUGGAGCCCUGGAAAUGAAAGUGGUGAAUGGACAAAUGUUCCGAAGUUCUUGUUUACCGAAGCGACUGGAGGCAGAGUGGCACUUUGGGGGAGUGAGAUAUCAAUAUGGUGGCAACAAAGAAGGGGAAACAGGAUUUGAGCCUUGCUAUUCAGAAGUGGUGAAGGUCGUACAAGGGAAAUUGCACCAGCCAGAUGAGAUUCGCAGACGCUCCUUCUAUGCCUUCUCCUAUUAUUAUGAUCGAGCUGUUGACACCGACCUGAUAGAUUAUGAAAAGGGAGGAGUUCUAGAAGUGAGAGAUUUUGAAAGGAAAGCUAAAGAAGUGUGUGAUAACAUGGACAGGUACACCUCCGCCAGCCCUUUCCUCUGUAUGGAUCUCAGUUACAUCACUGCCUUACUAAAAGAAGGCUUUGGAUUUGGGGAUAACACACUCUUACAGUUAACAAAGAAAGUGAACAACAUAGAGACAAGCUGGGCCUUGGGUGCCACCUUUCACCUGCUGCAGUCUCUGGGGCUCUCCCACUGAGCCAGCACCCUCUACAGAACAUUAGCCUUUCCAGAAGGAAGAGAAGGCAAGUUCAGAUUUUCAUCUGCAUAGCUCAGCAGGAGUCAGUCCUUCAACAAAACAUGGAUCGAAGCCAUGGAAUCAGUUCCCCAAGGACUAGGCAGUUCCCAACUGCAGUGAGAACAGCCACAGUAUGGUUUCUAAAUAUCUUAAUUGCCGUAAGAUCCAAAAUCUGUCUCCUGAAAGCCAGAGAAGCUGAUUGUGCUUAUAAGCAGCCCAGACACAGGUUCAGUGAAUGGACUUAUAGAUGCCCCAUGUUACUAGCAGCUCAGAGUGCUUGUCAUGCCCUGGCAAACUGCAGACCUUUGGCAGAUGAUGCUUGAUCAUUUUUACAUGUAGAACUGAAGUUUGGCCCUGAGAAUUUUAAAAAAUAUAAAUAUUCAAACAGGAUAUCAACACAUGCAGUCAACGCAGAGUGAAAUCUCCAAUGUGUUGCAAACCUCAGUGUUCAGUGUGUUAGCCCUUAAACUGCUCAAUACUGAGGGCUUUUACCCUUUCAGGAUUGGCCAGUUCCAAAGCAAGUGUUUUUUGGGCAGGGAGGAGGGUUUUAGCAGAAGGCAAGAAGGGGUUAGGUUGGCUGUCUUGGUCUGGAAGCCUGGGCCUCUCCCUCUCUAUUCUCCCCCUCUGACCAGUCUCACGCUAAGCAGUAUUGAGUAAGGUAGAACCAAAAAUCAAUUAUCUGGUCAGAGGAUGCUGGUUAAAGAGCUAUGGUGAGACAAGAACAGAUGGUUUCUCACUUACUUGAGGUGAAAGGGAGAGGAAAAUGGGAAUGGAGGUAACUUGGUUCCUGUUCAAAUUGGGGGGGGGGGGGGAAAUGAAGGAUCUGUCUGAUUCUAAGUCAAUGAGAGCAGGAACUAUAAUAAUGUUGCUGGGGUGGGCCCAUAACACACAAACCUAAGCUACUGAGGGGGAGGGGAGCAUGGCUGGCCCCUACAACAUCUGUUUUAUACAGCCAUACUCUUAGUACAAGACUCCUGGCAAGUCACUGCACUGGGGUAGAGAAUGUGUCUUUAAUAUCUUAUACAGUUGGUCUGUAGAAACAGGGCACUCAAGGAAGGGGUUGUAGCUUCGGUAUUUCCUUUCCUUCCUCAACCCAGCCACUCUGGAAUGACAGUACUUGGUUGUCCAAUGGUGUCACUUUUGAAACAAUUUUAAUCUUUUGUAGCCUGAAUGGCUAUGUGGAAGCAAAAGCGAGGUUUACAUUUGGAAGCAAAAAGUGCUCUCAUGAGAUGGCCCAUCCCUGCAGAUGCUCACUGCCAGCUUGCUUCUUCAGCAUAGCCUGUUGGGGGCAGUCUUUUCCCUCUCAUGCCAAACUACCUGCCCCUUCUCUUCCACCUGAGGUGAGGCAAAGCUCCCAUAAUGACCUGAGAGAUUCCCCUGCAACUUCCCAGUAAAACAGGCCAGUCUCUCUAGUGUAAAAUACCUCAAAACUGGCCUGUUGUACAGGGAACGUAAGAAGCCUUCACCACAUUCUCAUGCAGAAAUGACUGUUCUGUAUUAUUUGCCAGAGGUCAUGGCAGUGCUGGCUAUGCACACAUUACUAGGGAAGUUGCAGUCAUCUACUGCCUAUAAGUCUUGCUUUCAGCAAACUUUUUUUCUAUCUUGGAAUUUUCACUGACUACAAGAUUGGAUGAAGUGAUGAAUAGCAUGGCUAGAUGACAGCUGAGAACUAGCUAUUUUAGUCACCCAUUAAUCUGAGCCCUUGCUGCUAGUUCUAGAUCUGACCAUAGGAGCAGAAAUGAGACCAACUGCAUGUAGAGCUGGAAGGCCAGGGGAGGGAGUGAGACAAGGCCAAUAGAAGACCUACCCCCCUCUCCAUAAGUUCAAGGCCUUGGGAAAACUUAGGAAAAAGGACUGAUUGUGUUUAGGGGAGGCAAGUAGCCUAGAGAAUAGCACAAGUACAGUUCAGAAUAAGUUUUCUGUGUUUUUAGUAUCAAGCUCAGGCACUACAGACUCGGUUAGGAGCACCUGCUUUCUCUAUACUAAAGCUGUAUUAAGUCUGGAAUGCUCAGGGCCUUGAUUUUUCAGUGCACAAUUUGUAAACUGUUGCUGAUCAAGGGCCCAAUUGUGCAGUCCUUGCACAAAAUUCUCAACUUGCACAAGAUCUGCAGGAUGGAAUCCUAAAUUUUCAUCUGAAUUAUCCCAGAGGUGAGUUGGGGACUUCACCUGCUUCUUCAAGUCUGCAUACUUACCCUAGUGCAACGAGAUUAUUUAUUAAUAAGCACAAAGUAGCUGUGUAAGAGAAGGGUCCUAACCUGCAUCAUUGCUGGAGAGGAGAAAGUGCCUGGAUAAAGGACACUGAUUCUAACAGAAGUGACUGUAGAGCUUAGGGCGAUGUCUAUAUUGUGAGCUAGGGAUGUGAUUCCCCUACUCAUGUAUACAUACUCGUACUGGUUCCUGUUGAGCCAGCAAGUGUAUAAAUAGCAGAGACGGGCAGAGUACAAACACGCCUAAAACCAGUGAGUAUGUUCUUGGCAUAGCUCAGCUGGGCCUCCGUUGUCACUACCCAUGUUAUGGAGGCUACACUGCUAAUUUAUACUCCGGCUAGCUCAGUGACAGCUAGUACGAGUGUGCUUACGCGAGCAGGGGAGUCACACGACUCGCUUGCAGUGCAGGCAUAGCCUGAGAGAGUUUGCUUUCAGUCACAAGCUCACGUUUACAUCCCCUUUGUAAUGUUAAUUCCUGAUAUUAGUUAAAUGUAAAUGAUAGCACUGCUAUAAAAUAUAAAUCCACUGCUGAUGUUGUAUUACAGCAUUAAGUAAUUAACUGUCUAAUGCAGGAGCCUGGUGUUUGGAACAUUAAGACAAGGCCACUCAAAUGCCUAUUUUAGUAAUUAAAAAGCUAUUUUUAACAAAAUGUUCUUGGAUUCAAACCUUG